UAUGGCACGAUUGUUGGAAAAUAAUUAGGAAAUCAACGCGAAGACAAACACGACGUUUGAGAGAGCGAAAAAACAGUGAAAUACCCCAGUUAAAACAAGCCCUUUCUCAAAACCAAUUACAUUAAAUUGUGAAAAACCUAAACGGCUAAGUGUUUUCUAACAUUGCAAAAGGAAAUCUCGGCGAUAAACCUCAAUAAUUAAACAGACAAAAUGUCGCUAUUCGGCUCAUUAAUGGGUGACUUCGAUGAUGAUAUCUUUGGAAACCACAUGAACGCCAUGAACAUGCAAAUGCGUUCCAUGAACCGUUUGAUGAAUUCAUUGAUGCCCGAUCCGUUCAAUAUGCUGACACCCUUUGAUCCCGGUUUUCAACAGAAUGCCUUGAUGGAACGUCAAAAUGGCCCAGCAAUGGGUGGCCUGUUUGGUUUUCCAGCCAUGGGACCAAUGAUGAUGCCCAAUAUGAAUCGUUUGCUGAGUGCAGAUAUUGGUAACAAUGGUGCCUCGUUCUGUUCAAGUUCCGUCAUAACCAUGUCUUCAGGACCCGAUGGAAGGCCACAAAUUUAUCAGGCUACCAGCAGUACUAAAACCGGCCCAGGGGGCAUACGUGAAACCCGUCGCACCGUACAAGAUUCCGUCAAUGGUGUCAAGAAAAUGGCCAUUGGUCAUCAUAUUGGUGAGAGGGCUCACAUUAUUGAAAAAGAACAGGACAUACGUUCCGGUCAGCUGGAGGAACGUCAAGAAUUCAUCAAUCUCGAUGAAGAUGAAGCCGAGGAUUUUGAUCGUGAAUUUACCACCAAGGCCAGUGGUGGACGUAUGGGACAACGGGCCAUUGGCGGUGUGCCCGGAGCAGCACCACACCAACAAACUUUAACCAUUGAACCAAUAGACGAUGAUGACGACGAUGAGGUUAUUGAAACUACAGCUGCGGCCGCACAUCACAGUCAUCCACAGCAUAGACCAUCAUCGUCGUCGGGUUCACACAAUCGUAGAUACUUGCCAGCAUUACCUGCACCACCACCGCAACACCAACAACAACACCCAUCAUCACAUCAAAAUAGCUCCUCGUCCUCCUCCUCUACUGCUACAACAACAGACGAGUCAAGAAAAUCCACGGACAAUACUUUGCCAUCAUCAUCCAAUAAAUCGAGACAAAUUGACUCCAACGGCCGAUCUUUAAGCCACGGUACCGCCGCCGCUGCCGCUACAUCCACCAGCAACACUACAUCGCCCUAUAUAUCAACAACACCUCGACGUUUGUCCUCUGCCUAUCGCAGUGGCAGCAGCCAUGUUAGUGGUGUCUCACCGCGCCGUCCCCUAAGAACUCCACCAUCAUCGCCAUUGGCCACAACACCAACAAUGCAUAAUCACAGUACCACAACAUCGCCAAGCGUUCAUCCACAUCCCUAUAAUUCUUCAGCGGCCAGGCGUUCACAUCAUCAUCAUCAUAAUCACCACAACCAUCAUCAUCAUCAUCACCGUUCCAAACAUGGCGCCAAGCAUACGAGCAGUUCUCCAGCUCCAGCCGCAGCAGCAGCACCAACAAAUAGUAAUAACAAAUCUUCAGAAGAAUCCAACAAUCAAAACUAAUUCAAAUCGCAGGAAGAAGGCAAAGGGAGAUAUGGCAAGAAGACCUUGGGAGAAGAUGUGGAUUAUCAAUAUUAACAAAAAAAAAAAAAAAACAAAAACCCUUUAGCAUAGUUGUGUAAUGUUUUGUAUGGAACAGCAAACAAAAACAAGCAGCCCCAAAUGAUGAAAUUGGAUUUCGUUUACCUUACCCCAUCCUUCAGUUAUUUCUUUAUUUGUAUGGCAAAACAUCACUUAAGCGUAUAAAAAUAAACCCCUUACCAGAUAAGAUGACCCAAUGCUAAAACCAUAACAAAAAUAAAUAAAGAGAAAUAAAGCAACCACCCCCCAGAAGAGGAGGUAGAAGAAGAAGAAGAGAAAACAGGCGAACGAACAGCAGUAUCCAGCAUAAAUAAUAUGUUUUAUUUUUAAUUACUUUAGAAUUUUAGCUUUAUAAACAAAACAAAAAAAGUAUAUAUUUACCAAACCACCCCCUCUCCACUCCCCUCCUACCACCCCCUAUUAAUGUAAUCUCCUUUUUCUCAUUUAAAGCAAAAUCA